AUGUACACCACAAAAUCCAUCAUUCCCAAGGAUCUCCUUGUCCUUCGUCUUGGCUCCACAACAUCACAACUGAUACUAGUAAGUAAGAAAAUAAUGGCUCCGGUGAAGGUGUACGGGCUGCCCAUGAACGGAAGCGUGGCGCGCGUUCUGGCAUGCCUAGAGGAAGUGGGAGCUGAGUAUGAGGUCGUGGCCGUCGACCUACACACCGGCGAGCACAAGAGGCUGCCACAUCUUGCUCGUAAUCCCUUCGGCCAGGUCCCCGCGUUCCAGGAUGGAGACCUGGUCCUCUUUGAAUCACGUGCAAUCUCAAAGUAUAUACUCCGGAAAGGAUCAUCAGAUUUACUGAGGGAAAACAACCUCUCUGAGUCCGCAAUGGUUGAUGUGUGGCUUGACGUCGAAUCCCAGAAAUUUGACAGCGUCAUGCUGCCAAUCAUCUUUCAAGGUCUCGUCAUCCCGGUUUACAUGGGUGGGACUAGCGAUCUCAAAGUUCUUGAAGAAAACCUAGAGAAACUGAAGGAAAUCAUGGAAGUCUAUGAGGAACGCUUGUCCAAGUACAAGUACUUGGCAGGAGAUUUCAUUAGCUUAGCGGACAUUAGUCAUUUCCCAAUGGUUCACCUAUUGCAUGAAACUCCCUAUGCGGCGGUGCUUGAUUCAUAUCCACAUGUGAAAGCAUGGAUUGCUGGCGUAAUGGAUCGGCCUACUGUGAAGAAGGUCAUGGGGCUUAUGAAGACAUUUGGUUGA